UUUAAAUUGUUAGUUCGAUUUAAAAUGACGUUGAUCGGGAAGACGGAAAAAAAAUUUUUUAAAUUUAUUUUCUUCUUGUUAGUUAUGCUUUUUCUCUAUGAAGUUACUUCACGAAAAUCUCAGAUAAAACCUCAAGAAAAUAAUUCCAUCUAUCCGGAAAUAGAAACGCCCUAUUUUCCCAAACUGGAAAGCAGUAAAAUGAAGAAAAUAAUCGACGAUAAUGUGAGCCGACUUGACGAAUUCGAACCAACUGCGACCACAGACUGCAAAGAAUGGUCUGGACAAACCAUCCAACACGUUGAGAAGUUUGUCUUCUUCUUCGGCUUCAACCGAUGUGGCUCAACGGCAACAGGAAAGAUAAUUGACGCUCAUCAACAUGCACUCAUCGCAAACGAGCUUCUACUAUUCGACAAAUUGAAAAAUCCGAAUCUUGAAAUGGUUGAGGCUACAAAAAUGAUAUGCGAAACUUCAAGAGAUCAGUCGAACAGAUUGCAAAACGAUAGGGGUUACUCGUAUCGAAUGGGAGUUUUCCAUGGACGUUUUCGACAACCCUUAAAAGUAAUUGGACUUCGAAAGUCGUUAGGAACGAUCGAUUAUAUGAAACAGGAACCGGGGGCGUUUCAUUAUGCAAUGAACAGGUUGCAGGACAAGUGGAAACUGGUGGGAGUGAUGGUUGUCCGGAACCCCUUCGACAUGAUUGCUACUCGGUGCAAGGAGAUCGGCGCCGUUUUGAAUCUGAAACACCCUCAAAAUCAAAAACUGAUCCACAUUACCUCUGCAAACUGCAGCAAAACCAGACCACUAAUUCCAAAUUGCCCUGAGUUUAUCCGUGACUCCAUGGCUAAUGGUACAGCGGUGGUCAGUCAAAACAAAGAUGUUCGAAAAUCAAUUAAUGAUAUCGAAAACAUAGCUAAUUUAAGCACUCAGCUGAUCUCAUCAAAGAAAUACAACUUGUCUGUGGUGACCGUUCAGUUGGAAGACCUUAUUGAGAAUCCCCGCAAGCACGCAGAAAAAAUCUGCCAUCUAUUGGAGCUGUCAUGUGACGAAAACUACAUCAGAGGAGUGGUUUCCGGCGUUCUGGACUCUCCGAAUCCGUCUAGAAACGGAGUUAAAUGGACCCAAAGUCAGAUCGAAAAAGUAAACAACAUUGUCACUCGGUUCCCAAGUGUGUUCUCAAUGGCACAGCAUGCUCGCUUAGAACUUUAAUCCCUUUUCAAAACAAUAUUUGUAAAUAGAUUUCAAAAACUGAGAAAUGUAAUUUACAUACCAAUUACCUUUCAAAAACUGAGAAAGGUAAUUGGUAUGUAAACUAUUAUCAUAUCUUAUUCCUUCUGAUGCCAUUUGCGUUUGAACAAUUUUGUUUGAUUUUCUGGAGUGGCAGAGGGUUGUAAAGAGAUCACAGUCAUACUAAAUUUCAGCUUGAUUUGCUUUGGUCUAAAAGUUGUUUUAAAAAUGUGUGACAAUGAAAUGCACUGAAAGCGCACAUUUGUUUCAUUUAGAAGUUUUUAAUA